AUGUCAGAUUCCAAGGCUCGCAUUGCCGUGAUUGGUUGUGGCUGGUGGGCGCAAGGAUGGCACAUUCCCCACUUGCUUUGUAACGACAACGUUAUCAUCUGUGCUCUGGUGGAUAAGGUUUCUCAACCCACCAGUGACCUCAAUCCCAAUCUCGUUUCCAUGGACCAGCUGCAAGAAAUCUGUGGCAAUUGUCCCGUCUACACUUCGGUCGAGGAACUCCUGCAGUCGGAUGCCGGCAAGGAAAUGAACGGAGCAUUGCUGUGUACUCCCCAUGCCACUCAUUACCACCUGGCCGAGUUGCUGAUCCAAGAAGGAAUGAAUCGGAUUCUGGCGCAGCGACCACUCUUGCACAUUCUCCUAGAAAAACCCAUGACCACGGAUGUCGAAGAAGCACAGAAACUGCACGAUUUGGUCCAUUCCUACUGGCGAACUUGCAGUAUUACCAACAACAACAAUAACAACAAUGUACCCUAUUUUCAACUCAAUCAUUCCGCAAAUUUCCGACAACAAGCCAAGGUCGCUCGCGAUCUCAUUCAGAAUCAAGCCAAAAUUGGGACCAUUCGACACAUUAAUGCCUCUAUGGCGUCUCCUCUCUCCUGGUUGUUUGGUCAUCCCAAAAAUAUCACGUGGAAUACACCCACCGGAAACAUGCUGGGGAAUGGCUUUGCCUGGGGACAAUCCUCGCAUUUGUUGGCGUGGAUCUAUCACGUCACCGGAGAUGCCGUCAUGCCCGAGACGGUGUUUUGCCAAAUGAAUCACAGCGACACCAGUGGCGCCGACUUGUCCCAUGCCGCCACGAUUGUAUGCCAAAACGACAUUACCUUUAGUUUAGCCGGUACAUGCCUGCUACCGGGCAAUGAACAUGGGGAUCCACCCGUCGGGAAGGAAAUUUCUGUCGAAAUCUAUGGUUCGGAGGGUGCCCUCUUUUACAAGGGUAAUGAUCAUGAUCCAGCCUCCGGAAGACUGGAACUGCGGACGGACACGACGGUCAAGGUGCUGUGCGACGAAUUUCAUUUUGAAAACACGGAUCAGGAGGGGACCGGCCCCGAGUCAUUGCAAUCCUUCCUUGCUGCUUGUUUGGGAAGGAAGGACUACGACAAGGGUGCCAGCAGCUUGGUGGGCCUCAAAAGCAUUCAGACGCUGGAUGCCAUGUAUCGAAGUCAUCACUCCGGCGCGGCCGAAAAGAUUGCUGGCACCAGGGUGAUUGAGAGGCGGGCGACGCCCUAG